CCCCAAACAGUCCCCCUCCUAUCCAAAUCCUAAAAACUAAAAGGAGAGACCCCACUGCUCCAUAUGGCAACCAAGAAAGACCCAAUCCAGAACAUGUUCACUCUAUCAUGGCCCGCUCUUUAACAGCCCAUUAUCCGCAACCCCUCCUCUGCCACCACCACAACCACCACCCACCGCUCCACCUCAACCCCAAAACCCCACUCACCCGCCGCUCCCUCCUCCUCCUCUCCUCCUCUUCCCUCUCUCUCGCCGCCACUCCGCCACCACCCUCUCCUGCAGCCUCUCCACCACUUGACACCACCAUCACUGACCGAGUCUUCAUGGACUUCAGCCUCUGCUCCACCGCCACCACCACCUUCCCUUACAACGCCACCGCUGACGCCUCCGCCACCCCACUCUGCUCCGACUCCCUCCCCUUGGGCCGCCUUAUUCUCGGCCUCUACGGCCACCUCGUCCCCCUCACCGUCUCCAACUUCAAGUCGUUGUGCUCGCCCUCCUCCCCUUCCACCUACAAGAACACCCUCGUCCACAAAAUCUUCCCCGGCGAAUUCUUCCUCGCCGGCCGCCAAGGCCGCCGCGAAAAAGCCGAGGUUCGACCUCCGCUUGAAUUGCCACGCAACACCGAGACCGUCGACUCCAGGGCCUUUAUGCUCACGCAUUCGCGUGCAGGCGUUGUUUCGCUGUGUUUAUCCGAGAAUGACGAUGACGAUGACAUCAAGCUCGACCCCAACUACCGGAAUGUCGAGUUCUUGAUCACCACGGGACCAGGGCCAUGCCCUCAACUUGAUAGUAAGAACAUUGUUUUCGGGACAGUGCUUGAAGGUUUGGAUGUCGUGGCGGCCAUAGCCUCCAUCCCCACAUACAAACCAAAUGAACGAAUUCGCCAAUUCAAUGACUUGGCUGAAUAUCUUGGAGAUGGAAGAGCCCAAAAUGCUCGUGCAAUAUGGAACAGGCCUCUUAAAACUGUGUAUAUCAGUGACUGUGGAGAGCUCAAAGUGGCUAAGCCUUCCCUUCCUCCUAGUCUACCAUAAUACCAGUACUCACUGAUUCGAGGUCCCUUCUCGUACCUACUUGUCUAUUUUUCUUGUACGUUUAUCUUAUCUUCCUGAAAAAGAAAAAGACUUAUACUCAGCUUACUUCAUAAAGACCGCAAUUCAAAAUUCUUUAAUUUUCUAAAUGCAAUUCAUAUGCAGUGCCUAUUAAAUGGAUUGGAGAAUAAUUUGUUUUGUAAAAUAAAUUUUUAGCUUGGAUACCA